GAUCAUACUUGGUUGCUCUGUUUUCGUUUUCAUGUGUUGCAGAGAAGUGGGUAAAAAGGAUUUUCAGAGUCCAGGUGUAAACAGGGAGCUAAAUUAAUGAUCUAGGCUAUUUCUUCCCCUUUUGCCUUACACCCGUAAAAGUAGAUCAUUUUGAUUAAAGCAUGGACACAUGAUUUGUGUUUUGCGGAAAUUGUCCAAGAGCUCUAGCCUUCACUAAAUCUGGAGGCAGGCACCCAGGCUGAUUUGAAUCCAUGUGACCAUGUAGAUUGAAACGUUCCCCGCCAUCUGGAUCAUUCUGAUCAAAUCUCCAAUGGAUACAGUUACAUUUUACAACUGUGAUUCUCCUGCACAUACUCCAAAGAUGAUUGACCUGGAAGGACCAGGGAUAUGCAUGGACCUACAAGUUACAUGAACUACUAAUUGUGUAUUUCUGAUAUGUUCAUAUAUAACCAUUAUGGACACGAUAUGAUAAGCUACUGUAACAGGCUAUUCACAGAAAACAAACAUGGGGCAUGAUGAAGCUGUAGUUACUCAGAAUUCAGUAAAAGCACCAUCACCACCCAAGGAUCAACCAGCUAUGUAUCCAUGCCUUGAUUGGUCGACUAUGCAGGCAUAUUAUGGCCCAGGGGUCUUCCCACCAACAUUCUUUAGCCCUGGAAUAGCAUCUGGUCAUGUCCCUCCACCUUAUAUGUGGGGUCCACAGAAUAUGCCACCAGCCUCAUUUGGAAAACCAUAUGGUGCAAUAUAUCCUCAUGCUGGUGGUUUCCUGCAUCCCUUCAUGCCCCUAAUGGUAAACCCAUUGAGUGCAGAGCCAGCAAAGUCUGUGAACAGCAAGGACAACAGUUCGAAUAAGAAACUGAAGGAAAUUGAUGGAACUGCUGUGUCGAGUGGCAGUGGUAACAGUGAAAAAACAAGUGGGGAUUACAGCCUAGAAGGAUCCAGUGAUAGAAACAACCAUAAGAUGAGUGGAACACCCAAGAAAAGGAGCUUGGAUGAUAGGACUACAUCAGGUGCUGAAACAUGUGGAGCUUCAGCGCCUAAUGAUAAAACAGGAGAACCUGGAAGAUUAGCAACUUUGUCCAACGUGCGCAUUACAGAUACGGCAAUCAAACCAUGUGUGAGUACUGGUAGUGAUUUCAGAUUUAGUGGUGCGCAGUCAACCGAAUGGCAAGCUAAGGAUGACAAGGAAUCGAAGCGUGAAAGGAGGAAGCAGUCAAAUAGGGAGUCUGCUAGACGUUCAAGGCUGAGGAAGCAGGCUGAGACUGAGGAACUGGCUAGGAAAGUAGAGCUACUGACCGCAGAAAACGCAUCCCUCCGAAGCGAGAUUAGCAAGGUAGCGGAAAGCUCCCAGAAGCUGAGAAUGGAGAAUUCCUCUCUGAUGGAGAAGCUAGCGGACAGUGCAUCAGAAGAAGAACAAGAAGCGGCCGCAGACCAGCAGACAGCCGCCGCACCACCGCCGGCUCGCGUCGUCAAGAACUUCCUCUCGAUGAUGGACGGCGCGGGUGCAUCGAGAGGCGGCGGCGGCGGCCGGCGCAUGGAGCACGGCGCGCCCAGGCUCCGCCAGCUCCUGGGCUCCGGCCCUCUGGCGGCCGACGCCGUGGCGGCAAGCUGAUCCUGAUCCUUCACUUGUGCUGAGCGCGUGCACGCAUGUGGCCUGGCGAUUUUUGAAGAGCGCCCAAGCUGCCCCGCGAGACUGACGCACACGGACGACCUGUAAAUUACAGUAGCUUUGUUCCAGGCGGGCUUCCUUCCGGCCCCUCUGCCGGCCGAGACACGGAUGCCGGCUGGCUCUAUGUUUUUCUUUUGCCUGAGCUUUUGACUCUGUUGUCCCAGUUGCUGCGUUGAUCCGAACUGAAUCAACUGAUAUGUUGUACCGUAGUAGAUACUAAUAUGAUCCAUCAAGACGUUUACCUCUGAACUUCUCCAUUUGUGGUUGCGGAUGGAUAGAUUGUUUUCUGCUCGUCUGCAAGUU